CAGCAGCAGCAACACCGCGCUGUCCCCAAAAAGUUUGUACCGCGAGCGACAACCGACGCACAGAAUCGUGCGUGCAUGCGUGCGUGCGUGCGUGCGUGAGUGCGUGAGUGUGCGCCCUGUAUUUGGUGCCUAUCGGGUUUUGGCAAUUCUUCGCAUAAAACUUGCAAGCCCUUUUUUUUUUUGUUCGUGGUCUAGUUUACCGCACACCCGACAGAGAGACUUGCAUUAGGCACAAGAGUUUUAUUGUGGCAAACGAACGUGCAGCAGCAGCAGCAGCCACGGCGCAGCACCCAAACGGAGUUGGAAGGGGGAGGGGGGCGUGAGACUUACAAGAAAACCUGGCAGGUCCGAGACCGUGCCGGAUGAUACACGGUACGGAUUGGUGGCGAGCAAAAGGAGCAAAGUUUGACGCGACACACCGAGGAACAGUGGACGACGCCUUGGGUCACUCACGGCAAACCGCACACGUACGCACACUCCUCCCAGUGGUGGCCAGUGGGAGCUGGAGCUGGCUUUGUUGUGCCACGGAAAGCAGUGCAUCAGCAGAAAGGAGAGUGGACAUCGACAUGCUGCGGUGCAGAUCCCCAUUGACUGUCCAUCAUCAUCAUCAUCAUCAUCAGUGCCACGCUAUGCUCCAAUAAACACCAGCCAGCCAGCCAGCCAGCCAGUCAACCAACCAAACACCAUCAUUCAAACGGCUUCAGAUUUAGAAUCUCUCUCUCUCUCUGUCGGUGUUCUCUGUGAUCCUAUGCCCGGUUAGCAUCCGUCGAUGCAUCACCGGUGUCGUUUUGUUUGUUAGAAGAGGCAGUGCACUGCAAAAAAAAGGAAAAAAAAGCAACAACACAUACCGAACCGCACCGGUGCUGAGCGCCUGUUGUCUGAGAGUCAGUAGAGUCCUCCGAAGGUCCGUGGUUUUUGGGCAUACGCAGCACCAGAGGCAGAGGCAGUGGCAGGAGGAUGGCAACGGUGAAUCUGAACCCGCUGAACGGUUGCCCGUCCGGUGCGCCCACCGGCGGUGGUGGUACGUUCGGGCAGGUACAGGGCAAGGACCAGUGGGUGAAGCUGAACGUUGGCGGGACCUGCUUCCUGACCACCAAAACCACCCUAUCGCGCGAUCCCAACUCGUUCCUGUCGCGCCUCAUCCAGGAGGACAGUGAUCUCAUCUCGGACCGGGACGAAACCGGUGCUUAUCUGAUCGACCGGGAUCCACGGUACUUUGCGCCCGUCCUCAACUACCUGCGCCACGGUAAGCUCGUCCUCGACGACGGUCUGUCGGAGGAGGGUGUCCUGGAGGAGGCCGAGUUCUACAACGUCACACACCUGAUCGGGCUGCUGAAGGACAACAUUGCGCGGCGCGAACAGCAGUGCCCGGCGGCGGAUAAGAAGCGCGUCUACCGGGUGCUGCAGUGCCAGGAGAACGAGCUGACGCAGAUGGUGUCGACCAUGUCGGACGGGUGGCGGUUCGAGCAGCUGAUCAACAUCGGCACCCAGUACAACUACGGUGCGGAGGAGAAUGCCGAGUUUCUGUGCGUCGUGUCGAAGGAGUGCGCCAACACGCUGAUCGGGCGCGAGGUCGAAUCGAACGAUCGCGCCAAGGUGCUACAGCAGAAGGGCUCACGUAUGUAAGCGGAGAGGACGUAGGGUUGUUUUUUUUUUGUUGCGGCGGCGUUUACGCACUGACCCUCCCCAUCGAUCGAUAGGAAUGUUUGUGUGUUUUUUUUUUGGUUCGCUAGUUCGCGCACAAACAAUUCAAUUACUAGCGCAGCGGUUCCGAGCUCUUCAAAAAUUGCAUCAUUCGUCGAUUCAUCGAUCUAUAGACGCACAAACAAAUAUCGGGUAGUUGUGAACGGGGCGGAAGGAGAAAGAAGCGCACAACACGAAGACAGAAACGGCGGAGGUCUCGAAGCGAUCGGGACUUUAGUAGCAGCAGAAACAAAAAAAAGAAAAAGACAGAGAACGCAAGCAAGC